AUGAAGUGUGUUUUAAUCGUUGUUUUAGCCGCCGCUGCUCAAGUGAACGCAGCUUUCCCAACUGGUUACGAUCCGAUUUGCGCAUCCAACGGAAAAACGUACCAAAACGAAGCACAGUUCAACCUUGAAUUGCAGAAAGAUGACACUCUGACUAUUAACUUCCACGGAACGUGCAAGUACUCCGGUUGGGAUGAUUACGUUUGCGAAGACAUCGGAACGCUCACUAUGUGCGGAUCGGAUGGAAUCAACUACAAGAACGAUUGCCUCUUCCACUUUGCCUUGAAAAGGAAUCCGAGUUUGAGGUGGAGACUCGGAGGCGUUUGCAAAUCGUAUUUGAUCACUGAAAAGGUGUGCGGAACUGAUGGUGUCGUCUACAACGUCCCAAAGUUCCUUGCAGAGCAAUCAGUUAGACCUUACCUCGGACAGUGGCCGAUUGAAUCGUGCACUGGUGACUCGGAUCAGCUGCAGACACCUUUAUAUGAGGUUCCCACCUUUUGCGGAUCGGAUUUAUUGAUAUACGAAGAUCCGAUUUUCGAGGCGCAGCAAGCUCUUAGAGCUGAUCUCGAAGAAUUGCCGCUGAGCGAUUGCUACUACAAACCUUACUUCCUAGAAUAAGUCUGUACAUAUUGACGAUCUGAUUUUGAUAAAUAAAUAAAUUUGAACAAAUCUA